GGAGAGCAGGCUGCCACAGAGGCAUUGCAGACAGUGCGUUUGGGAGGUGUAGUGGAAGAAAAGCAAGAGAAACGGAGUAAAUGAGAGCACUUUUGUCCAGAUUGUUGAAGGACUUAUCAACUUAAUAUCCCGCCGAAACAGCUCACUAGAAUGAGACGGACACAUUGUUGAAUUCCUGUCCAGAUAACCACAAGCCUUGUGCUCUGGGCUGAUUAAAGACAACUUGGGAAACGAAGUGACUCUCCCUGUGGAAAUCCUGGAUCCUUUACCCUGUCCACCAACAUGACCAAUGUGGUGAUCGUCAAGGAGGGAUGGCUGCAUAAAAGAGGAGAAUACAUCAAGACCUGGAGGCCAAGGUAUUUUCUUUUGAAGAGCGAUGGUACAUUCAUUGGCUACAAAGAGCGACCACAAGAUGUCGACCAGCUGGAAACCCCCUUAAAUAACUUCUCUGUAGCACAAUGCCAGCUGAUGAAGACGGAACGACCCAAGCCCAACACAUUUAUCAUCCGCUGCCUGCAGUGGACCACUGUCAUCGAGCGCACCUUCCACGUAGAAACCCCUGAGGAGAGGGAAGAGUGGACAAAAGCUAUUCAGGCAGUAGCAGAAGGCCUGCAGAAACAAGAGGAGGAGAUGAUGGACUCCUCUCCAGACCCCAUGGACAUGGAGGUCUACCUGACCAAACCCAGACACAAAGUGACUAUGCACGACUUUGAAUACCUCAAGCUCCUGGGAAAAGGCACUUUUGGAAAAGUUAUCCUGGUAAAGGAGAAGGCCACGGGACGCUACUAUGCCAUGAAGAUCCUAAAAAAGGAGGUGAUCGUAGCAAAAGAUGAAGUGGCGCACACACUCACAGAAAACAGAGUCCUCCAGAAUUCAAAGCACCCAUUCUUGACAGGGCUGAAAUACUCUUUCCAAACACACGACCGCCUUUGCUUUGUCAUGGAAUAUGCAAAUGGAGGCGAGCUUUUCUUCCACCUUUCAAGGGAUCAAGUAUUCUCAGAGGAGCGAGCUCGGUUCUACGGUGCAGAGAUUGUGUCGGCACUUGACUACCUGCAUGCCGAAAGAAACGUGGUCUACCGAGAUCUAAAGUUGGAAAAUCUGAUGCUGGAUAAAGAUGGACACAUCAAGAUAACAGAUUUUGGCCUAUGCAAGGAGGGGAUCAAAGAUGGCGCCACCAUGAAAACAUUCUGUGGAACACCAGAGUAUUUGGCACCUGAGGUACUGGAGGACAACGAUUAUGGCCGUGCUGUGGACUGGUGGGGUCUUGGCGUGGUGAUGUAUGAGAUGAUGUGCGGUAGGCUGCCGUUUUACAACCAGGACCACGAGAAGCUGUUUGAACUUAUCCUCAUGGAGGACAUCCGCUUUCCACGGACACUUGGUCUGGAGGCACGCUCUCUGCUCUCCGGACUCCUCAAAAAAGACCCCAUGCAGAGGUUAGGCGGUGGUCCUGAUGAUGCCAAGGAAAUUAUGCACCACAAGUUCUUCGCUGGGAUCGAAUGGCAGGAUGUUUAUGAGAAAAAGUUGGUCCCGCCCUUCAAGCCCCAAGUUACAUCGGAGACAGACACUCGAUAUUUUGAUGAGGAGUUCACUGCACAGACCAUCACCAUUACGCCACCCGGACAAGACGACAGCAUGGAGUCUUUCGACAGCGAGCGGAGACCCCACUUCCCUCAGUUCUCCUACUCUGCCAGUGGGGUGGCCUGAACCACACUUCCGCAUUCCUCUGGUCCCUCCGUCAACUCCUUCGACCUAUGACCUCUUCCCCUUCCACCUGACUGCACCCUCUAUAAAGACUGGCUCGUCCUCCUAGCGUUCUCUGCGGAACAUCACCUCACCUCAUCACCCAGCCUGUGUUCUGCAGGAAGCAGGAAGGGCAAGGGUACACAAACAGAGCCGUUUUUUGUUGUUGUUUUUUUCCUGUGCAAGCGCGCCCUUAACACUAGUCUUCAUCUUCCGAUUGUCAUGUUGUCUAGCGUGCAGACACACACACACACACACAACGUUAACUUUGAUGCAAAAAUUGGGCCACUGCCAUGAGUUUCAAGAAGGGCUGUUAUUUUGUCUAUCCUAUUUGAACAGGAAUCAAUCAUUUCAAGUGGAAAUAAUAAAUAGUACCAUGGACUAAAAAUAUACAAUAAUUCAGUGUGUGUGUGCGUGCGUGCGUGCGUGUGUGUUGCUUGUCUUCUCUUCAAAUCAAAACCAAACCUUUCAAGACAUUUACAGAGUCUCAAAAGUGAAUGUACCGUCUGAAAUAAAGUUAAUGUUUCCUGCAUGUACACAACACCUCAGUGACUGUAAUGAAUCAGUUGUGCGAAAGGCAAAGAGGGUUUGAUUCUUGUUAAGGUAAACCUCAAGAGUGUUUGCACACAAAGAUGUUUCUAGUUCUCGUUGCCUUCCUUUUUUUCCAGAAUGCUGCACAGCAAACACCUCUCGUGGUUACCCUUCCGAUCCGAAUCGGCCGGGCCCUGGCUGACCCCUCAGAACCUCUUCUCUCUUGUAGAUUUUCCUUCUAGUAAAGUAUUGGGUGUUUCCCAUCCAGUGCUUCCUCUGCAGCCUCAGUGAGGUCACUUCAACAUGAUAUGUUUCUGUAGUAACACAAAGUGGGCUUCAGGGGAAAACACCAAUUUGCGUCUUACAGGGGAUUUAUGUCCCUUUGCCAACUCCUUAUUUAUAUGAGACCAGCAUUUACCUAUUUUUAACACGUUUUAAUGUGCCAAUGAAAUGCACCUUGCUGCCCCAAAAUGAUUGUAUUUGGACUUUGUAUUUGUGGUUGGUAAAGACUAAAUUACUGUGUGAUAUUCAAUUGUUGUGGAUGAAUUCAAACAUUUUUAAAAACAAGGCUGGGUCUAAACCAGCACACUUUGAAGUGUGAUGAGGUUUCCAAUGUGAUUAAAAUGACAGAUAAUCAUUUUUUAAAAGUGCAUUAUGCCUUAUUGAAUGUAACGGUUUUUAUUCUAUGUUUUCACUUAAAAUGUUUUUGUUUUGUUUUAAUCUGAUUGUUGCUUAUUCCUAAUGCACAUCCCCUUUUUCCUGUCACCUUCUGAAAAAUAGGGAAAGUAAUUUUGUAUUUUUUAUUUGUAUUGCAACUUUUUUUGUACCAUCCCUACAAUAAGAUUCGCAAGACUGAGGACACCAGCUUUAGUAAACAAAUAAUAUAAACUUUGUACACUGUUUUUACUUGUUUCUUUCAAACUGAUUGAAUAAAAGGUCUUAACAAUGCA